UUUGCAUAAAAAUCCUCUCCCUGAUGCAACGGCAACAAACUGUACCGGAGGCUUCCUGACAACAACAACAACAACAACAACAACAACAACUAACAAAAGAAGGUAAAGGACAAGACAUGUUGACAUCGACCCUAGCCCUUCUGGGCCUCAGUCUGGGACUUGUGGCUAAUGCUUUCCCCACACAACCGUCUGAAAACGGGAAGAACUGGGUGGUGAUUGUCGCUGGCUCCAAUGGCUGGUACAACUAUCGACACCAGGCCGACGCCUGCCAUGCGUACCAGAUCGUCCACAAGAAUGGCAUUCCUGACGAGCAAAUUGUCGUGAUGAUGUAUGAUGAUCUGGCGACCAAUGAGCAAAACCCCACCCCAGGGGUGGUGAUCAACCGACCCAAUGGGACAGACGUCUACAAGGGAGUCCCCAAAGACUACACUGGAGACGCUGUUACCGCUGACAACUUCCUGGCUGUGCUGAAGGGUGACUCAGCCAAUACUAAGGGGGGUUCUGGGAAAGUGCUGAAGAGUGGCCCCAACGAUCAUGUGUUUGUGUACUUCACUGAUCAUGGAGCACCUGGGCUGCUGGCCUUCCCCAAUGACGACCUUCAUGUUGCAGACCUCAUGGAUGCCAUCAACAACAUGCAUGAGAACAAGAAAUACGGGAAGUUAGUGUUCUAUAUCGAGGCCUGUGAGUCGGGAUCAAUGAUGACCAAGCUGUCAGCUGACAUCGAUGUGUAUGCCACCACAGCAGCCAACUCUCAUGAGUCGUCCUAUGCCUGUUACUAUGACGAUAAGAGGGAGACUUACCUGGGGGACUGGUACAGCGUCAACUGGCUGGAGGACUCUGAUGUGGAGGACCUGAGCAAAGAGACCCUGAUUAAACAGUUCAAGAUCGUCAGGAGCCACACUAACACCAGCCACGUGAUGCAGUUUGGAAACAAGACUCUGGCCCAUAUGAAGGUGGUAGCCUUCCAAGGUAAUGUCAAUGCCAAGCCUGCCCCCCCCAUGACCCUGCAACCCGUAGAGGACCCAGACCUAACCCCCAGCCCUGAUGUACCCCUGGCCAUCCUAAAGAGGAAACUGAUGAGGACCAAUGACCUCUCUGCAACCAAGAAAUACUUCAGCCAGAUUACGUCACACCUCAAGGUGCGUGAGCUGCUGGCAGAGACAAUGCGCAGGGUGGUAGAGACGGUAACAGGAGAGGAGAUCACGACCCAGAGGGUUUUGAGUACCAAGCUGGAUCUGACCCAGCAUCAAUGCUACCAGGCUGCUGUUAACCACUACAAGACACGAUGCUUCAACUGGCAUAUCACUGAGUAUGAAUAUGCUCUGCGACACCUGUACGCCCUGGUCAACCUGUGUGAGGGAGGAUACCCAACAGACAGUAUCCUGAUGGCAAUGGAGAGCGUGUGUCACUUCAACUAGACGGAUCUUUCUGAAUGAACACCUCUUUCGGAUCAGGUUGCUGUCCCUCCACACAGGAGGGUCUGAGACGACGAGUCUUCUCUUUGCACUGACAAGGAAUCAAGUUUGACAAAAUAUAUAUAUAUAUAUAUUUCACACUGCUAUACCACUUUUUCAAAUGUUUGAUUUUAAACUUUUAUUCCCUCGAUUUAUUGAGACAUUUUAAAAAUGUGUUUUUUUAUGAUGAAUUGUAUGAUCACUGAGCAUUUUUUGUUUGUUUUACUACUCGGAUUUUUGUUUUAAUUAAGAUUUAGAUUUUUUUUUAUUCAGUUUUCUCCCUCUGGUGCAGUGGUGUCUGAAUUUAGUGGGUAUACUGUAAUUUUGCAAAACUGCCCUCCUAGUGAAGGAAAGGCACCCUGUGAAAUUCUAUGAGAAACGAUGACCUACACUCUGAAUUACCUAAAUUGAUGAAACCCAUAUUGGUCUUUCAGUCAGGCUAACCUAAGCUUUACUGUGGAAGUAAGCUAAUAGUAGACCCACUAUUUCAUAUACCCCCUCCCUUCCUGCACCUUUUUAAUAGAACAAUUUCUUUAGUUUUUCCAAGUCCAUAACAAUGCUUAAACCACAUCAGACUACUUUUGGAAAUGUAGAUUUUGAGUGUAGCUAACCUCUUAAUGAAAGUGCUCAGGCACCUAGCACUGUUUGGUUAGUGAUGUUUCUGUAGCCACUGGUUUGAUCUCCGUCUGCCAGGGAGGCAUAGCUAGCUUAACGUUUUUAAAUUGAGACGUUUUGUUUGUGAACCAUGUCUUUCCAUCUACCAGGAGACUGUUGGGGGGGCCUGUCAUCUGCAUCGAUAUAGUCCCCCCCCCCCUUAAUUGUUUGAUACCUGGACAUUUUACUUCAUAUUACGAGGCGUGUCUUACCUUGACUCAAACUAGCCUCUAGCCACAAUCUCAUAGAAACAUGGAAAUAAUUGGGUUCUAUUGGAUUUGUUUUGUUUGUCCAGUAGACAAGUUUAUAUUAGCAACCAUGAUACAUUUCAUAAUAAUAAUUUGAACUGAUAUUUCUGUCCCUGAAAACGUGUGCAAUCAGCAUUUUUAGAUUGGUGAUUUCCCGCAAAUUGUAUUAUUUUUUUUAAACCUUUGCAUGUCGGCGUUGUUUAUGUUGACGCACCGACAAGGUGACGAAAUAAUAAAAUGAAACUAAACA